AUGGAUGAUGAGAACGAAGUCUACGAGUAUUUGCCCAGGAGAGUGCCCCUGGAAGCACAUAUCAUGAGCAAGUGUCCUGAUGCUCGUGACUGUCUUCAUGAUCUCGUACUCCCCGCCAUGGUUAAUGUCAGCAAUCUCGUCGACUUCAAGCUGUCUUACAUUGGAAAGACCAUCGAGGACGACGACGGUGUCGUUUGCAUGCAUGGCCCAUCUGAAUGCUUGGGCAACUCGAUCGAGCUUUGUGCAGCUCGCCUCUAUCCCAACCCCAGAAUCCACCUCGGCUUCACCAUGUGCAUGUCACGCAACUACGCAGAGAUUCCUUCGGAAGACCUCGCCAAGGACUGCGCUUUGGAGCACGGCAUCGAUUUUGACAAGCUGAACCACUGCCUGAGCGUCGAUGAUGGAGCAUACUCUAGACACCUCCUCAAGCAGUCUGUUCAGAGAAGUGCCGACAAGAAUGUUACCAAGAGCUGCACUAUCAGAGUCGACGACAGGAACUGGUGCAUCCGCGACGGCGGCAAGUGGACUGACUGCGAGAACGGUCACGAAGUCAAGGAUCUUAUCGAGGAGAUCUACGACCUCAGAGUGAAGCAUAGCGCUGCUUACGAGGCGAAGAAGGGCUCCAACUGA